ACCAGGACAGGCUUGGUUUACGGGGCGUUGUUUUCCGGUAUUGAGUAUCUAGAUUUUCAGGUUACACAGGGAGUGGGCUGUGCGUGUGAUUGCUGUUCGUGGAUGUGAGCGUGUCAGGCAGUUUGUAGUGCGUGUGUUUGUAAACGUUCACUGCUCGGAUACUGUCACCGCUUUGCACCGCGGGCAGGCUCCGUGUUCCUACAUGCAAGUUACUGUGGCAGCUCCACCAUUCCUGCCCAGCAAUGACCGAAAGCCCCGAGACCAAAGCAGCCGACGACGAAGUGUGUCGGCGGGUGAAGAACGGGCUGAAGCCGGAGAGAAACGGUUUGGCAAAGAGCCUCUACCCCCGUCCCUGCCAUGAGCGGCCGCCCAAGAACCGCUGCCACACCGCCGAGGAGGAGGUCUAUGCAGCGUCAUACAACAGCAGGCUGUACAGCCGGCCCUUCAUCGAGUACUUUGAAGAGACCCCCAUGAUGGUGGCAGUGCUCACAUACAUGGGCUACGGCAUCCUGACCAUCUUUGGCUACCUCCGUGACUUCCUUCGUUACUGGAAGAUUGAAAGGUGCCACAUCGCCAGAGAGAAAGAGGAGCAAAAGGAUUUUGUACCGCUCUACCAGGAUUUCGAGAACUUUUACACCAGAAACCUCUAUAUGCGGAUAAGAGACAACUGGAACAGGCCUAUAUGCAGCGUCCCGGGAGCCAAGAUGGAUCUGAUGGAACGAGCCACCUACGACUACAACUGGACUUUUGAAUACACGGGUCGGGUAGUGCAGGAUGUGAUUAACCUGGGCUCGUAUAAUUACCUCGGCUUCGCUGAGAAUACAGGUCCAUGUGCUGACUCCGCAGCUGAAGUCACCAUGAAGUACGGUGUUGGAGUUGCGAGCACGAGGCAGGAGAUUG